GAUCAGGUCCCAAAGGUUCUCAUAUCCGACAAUGGAACACAAUUCAACGGCAAGCAGAUCCGGGCAUGGUGUGAAGACAUGAAGAUCGAACAACACUUUGUCUCUGUCUCUCAUCCGCACGCUAAUGGACAAGUUGAGGUGACCAACAGGAUCAUCUUGAACGGGCUCAAAAUGAGACUGGAGAAGGCCUCGGGGACGCGGGUCGAUGAACUAACAUCAGUACUGUGGGCAUAUAAGACCACCCCGAGGUCGACAGGGGAGACGCCUUUUAGCCUGGUUUAUGGAAUGGAAGCACUCCUGCCGAUUGAAGUGGAGCUGCAAUCCAAAUGGUCGAGCACUUAUGAGCAAGGACAGAAUGAAGAGCUGAUGAUGGCGGCACUAGACACAAUUGAGGAGCUUAGGGAACAAACCUCGACCAGGGUUGAGACAUAUAAACAAAGGAUGCGAGCAUCACAUGAUCGGAAGGUGAAAGUCCGCCGAUUCGAGGUGGGCGAUUUUGUGUGGAAGAGGAUUGAUGUGCUCAAACACGGCAAGUUCCUUCCUCAGAGUUUCUGGGGUCGCAUAGAGCAUGAGUUUUACCAUCUGCAACAGGGUAACACCACCGUAGACGAGUACAUUCGCACCUUUACCUGGAUGUGUCUCUUUACUGGCGAUUCUGUGAACACCGAUGUGAAGAAGGCCCGCAAGUUUCUUAAGUGGCUGAAUCAGAGAUUCUGUGAGCUGGUAGGGAUUCACGGAGUGAUGUCCUAUGCCGACACUAUGCAGCGGGCACAGGAGGUGGAGAGUUAUCUCAUUCCUAUAGCUCCAGUCCCCUCCUAUUACCAUACUUCUCAGCCUGCCCAGACUCCUAUUCAGUAUGCUCAGCCCAUCUCAUCUGUGCCGCCCGGCUCUAGCUUGGGCAAGAGGAAGUCCAAUUUUCAUAACAAAAAGAUAGGAAAGAAGGGGAAUUUCAGGAAGCGCAACAACCAUCCCACCGGCAUCCAGGCCUGCCCGAGAUUCGCCAAAUCCCAUAGCGGCGAGUGCCUA